AUUUGUUUGAAUUUGAUUCUUGUUUUCUAUUAAAUUGUUACUAUAAUUAACAUUGUUUAAGUCUUCCAGUAUAUUUUACAUUUAAAUUGGUUUUGGUUUGUGACUGUUUCCUCUUAAUGAGUCCACGAUCCUCUCACUCUUACGAAAAGCCUGAGGAUACAAUUGAAUUAGAUAAUAAUUCAGAUUUUGUCAUCCUUGAUACUCCUUCAGUUGACCAAUUUGUUGACAAUUUAUUGUACCGACGUACACAAGAAGCUUUAACCAGAAAUAAUCCAAACACUAAUUUACCAGCUUCAUUAGUACCAGAAUCAUCAACAUCACCUCCAUCUUUAUCACCAGAAAUGGGCAUUGACAUGAUUUCAUCUGCUUAUGCUGCUUUAGUUGCUGCUGGAGGAGUAAUUGGCUAUGUAAAGGCAGGAUCAAUUCCAUCUCUUGCUGCUGGAUUAAUUUUCGGUAGCACAUUGGGAGUUGGAGCUUACAUGACUUCAAAAGAUCCUCAAAAUUACUAUUUAACAUUAGGAACAUCAACCUUGCUCACUGGACUGAUGGGUUAUCGUUUCUUCAAUACAGGUAAAUUCAUGCCUGCUGGUUUAAUUGCUGCUCUCAGUGUUGCAAUGGUUGUGAAUAUCUCAAUCCGAGCAAUUACUGGACCAACACAACAUGUUAAAAAAUAGAUCAAUAGGAAUUGGAGAUAUUCAUUAGCGGAAGGCGAAAAAAUUUAAAAUCUAUCAUUGAUUAUUAUUCUUAUUGAUUUGUAAUUACUAUUUAGAACGGGGUUAUGUGUAUUUGAUUUUGAUUUCUCUCUCUCUCUCUCCCAAACACUGGGAUCUAUUUCCUUACAAACACACGACUCUCUCCUUCUCCUUCUCCCUCUCUCUCUCUCUCCUUGUUACAGGUAAAAUCACACAGGUAGACAAAAAAGUCUAUUAUUAAUCAAUUAUUAACAAGAUGAUUACAACGAUGUUGAAAACAAUCACAUUGAAAUAAUUAUUCCCCAGGAUUUAUCAACCUUUUUUUUUUGCUUGUUUAAUGAUGUUAAUUGCACAAGAUUUUGUUGAUCAACAAAUGAAGUAAAUUGUCCGAUUUUAUAUUAA